AGCUGCUAGUCCCAUCGUCUGAUUUUCGGCUUCCACCUUUGUGACCUCUCUAUUUGUGUCUCAUGAAGAAAGUGAAAAGUGGAACAAGAAAGCGGACAGGAGGAAUAGGCUUGGAGCAAGUCUGUCUCCAACAGUGCUCGACCUCGAGAAAAAUAUCCAGCUGUUUCCAGUCCACAAUCGGAAAUGUGCUAUCAUAUUUCUGACAAACUUCCGUUUUAUCAACCAAAUUCUGAUGUGCAAACACGAGGAGCUCAACCUUGUGUCAAAGACAACAGGCCGUAUCCCAGGCCUUGAAUUUUUCUAUUCGGCGGCUUUUGUUUUGGAGGCAAAAUAGAGCAAACAUUGAUGAACAUCAAUGGGUUGUACAAUUAAUGAAAUAUUUUGACUGUGAGAAGACCAAAUAGCGAUUGGCAUAUCAAAUACAGUGUUAUUGAGCAUUAUCAACUACCAAGGUGUCUAAUGGUUUUCACUGGUUUUACGAUGGAACAAUCUGUUAUGGACAACAAAUUGAGUAGCUGCCUGUUCUAAACGUAUAGCAACAUAUCGGUAGAAAAAGGCUUGAUACAGCGGGGAUACAAAAGGAGUUGCAAGGAGGCUUUUAAUGUUCACCAACUGAAGUAAGUUCAAGAACACCCUUAUGACAACUUGAUGACUGUUUGCCGAUCUAUAGUUAUCUGGAAUGGAUUGUUACCAGUUUGGUUACGUUAAAUGCUUAUUUUUGUUGAUGCCUGCUGCACGAGGAUAGGACCACACAGAGUCUUUAUUGUGUGCACUGGGAGUAUAUUGAGUUUCAUGUGGAACUUUGCCACAACCCGUACUUUAACAGCGUGUGUCUGGAAGCAGACGGGUUUUCACAACAGCAAUGCCUGCUUCUAACAACUCUAGCCUCACAUCGCUAACUCCUCCAUCUGAGAUACCAGACGAAAAGAUCCUCGUUGUUUUCUCGGUGCUUCUAGCAUUUUUGUCACUAGUCAGCAUCAUCGUUAACUUUGUCUCAAUAGCGUUGUUCAUGAAAAACAAAGAAUUGCUUGCAAAUCCAGCCAACAAAUUAGUAUUUAAUUUUACAGUAUCGAGUUUUGCUGUGUCGAUUUUUACUAUGCCAACUUCAUUUAUCAGCUUCGCAUUGAAAGAAUGGCCUUUCAAGGAAUUCAUUUGCCAUGUAUCCGGAAUUCUGUCCAUCUGCCUUCCUAUCGUGGAAUUGCUAACACUUGGCGCCAUGGCCUAUGACCGACAUCAUUUCAUUGUCAACCCUUUAACAUAUCCGAUCAAUAUGACUUCGUUUAAGGUGAACGUUAUUAUAUUUUUUAUUUGGUUUGUCUCUAUCGUUGCUGGCCUAAUGCCUGUAUUUGGAUGGGGCUCGUAUGGGUAUAACAGAAGCGUAAUGACAUGCACCGUUUUAUGGCCUCAGUCCUCUAGUUUUGGGAUUUAUUUCUUUGUCGUUGGGUUCGUUAUGCCACUAGUAAUUCAAGUUUACUGCUAUGCUGGUAUCGCAAGAGCCGCCAAAAAGCAGGCUAAGUUUGGCAGGCGUAUGAGCAGGGUUGCUAUUGUCCCUUUGCAAGUUGCAAAAAUUAUCAGAGAAACUUCAGCAGCCAAAACCAUUAGAAAAAUAUGCAUUGUCAUGGGAAUAUUUUUCUUGACGUGGCUACCUUUUAUGGUUAUUAUUAUGGUUAGUGGUUUUAAAAAAGGAGAGCGCCUUGUUACACCAUUUUUUAUCGCGAACAACUUGGCCUACUGUUCAACUUUUGCCUAUCCGUUGCUGUUUGUUUUCCGUGCAAGAAAUUUAAAGAAAGAACUCAGAACAUUGCUAAGUAGUUCUCGAUUGUUUAAUUGCAUAAACUCGAUCACGCCUGAAGAUGACGUUGAAAGUUCAGAACGCAAAGAGCGAAGAAGAUCGUCGCUUUCCACAGACGGUUAUGACCUCGGCUCCAGGAGGAGGUCAAGCCGAAUAAGCCGGGUAUCAUGGGCGAUGCCUGUUGUCAUUGAGGACGGGGUUGAGCCAUCCAAAGAGCCAAGGCCAUCUGUCACAGCGUCUACCAUAACCACAGAUAUAAGCAGUAACCAUAUUGGAUGUUUGUUACCCGGUGAGAUGGACUACAGUGGCAAACAAACUGAAAUUUCCCUUAAGAAGACAAACAGAAUCGUGUAGUAGAUGUACUUUGUGUGAAAGAACGUAGAAAACAUUAUUGAAUUAGUAUUAGAAAUCGAAUUGCAAUAGUUGGUAGUUUUUGCUUACUGUAAAAUGUAGUAGUAUUUUAUUAUAUGUCAUGUUUGUAUGAUAUACAAUAUAUCAUAGUGA